AUGUCGCUGAAAGUCCCCAAAGCCAACAACGUCCAGCUCUUCAAAGAUGGCUACAAGCACCGACAAGGCCUCGAAGACGCAGUUUUGCGCAACAUCGCCGAGAUAAGUCGAAAUAAACUUAUUAUCAACCAUCUUGGCCGGUUAUUCGUCACAUCGGACGCAGCUACGAUUAUUCGAGAAUUGGAGGUCGUCCAUCCUGCUGCAAAGUUGCUUGUGAUGGCAUCGCAGGCUCAGGAAGUCGAGAUGGGCGAUGCGACCAACCUCGUCUUCAUCCUCGCCGGUGAGCUGCUCAAGAAGGCGGAACAUCUCUUGAUCAUGGGUUUGCACCCCAGCGAAGUGAUCAAAGGCUACGAACUCGGUGCUCAAAAAGCCCAAGAAGAACUCGAAAAACUCACAAACUUCAGCCUCCCAUCUCCUUUGACCAAACCCUCGCUCGCAUCAGCACUGAGACCCGCCAUCGCAUCGAAACAGUAUGGAUCGGAGGAUGUCCUCGCUGAUCUCGUAGCAGAGGCUGCCCUCUCCAUCAUGCCCAACAACCCCAAAAACUUCAACGUCGACAACGUCAGGGUAGUCAAGAUCAUGGGUGGAAGUUUGCACUCGAGCAGGGUCGUGCAGGGUAUGGUCUUUGGCCGCGAACCAGAAGGCACCGUCAAAAAGAUCUCAGGAGGCAAAGUCGCAGUCUUCACCUGCCCCCUCGACGUCGCCCAAACCGAAACCAAGGGCACAGUCCUCCUCCGCAACGCCGACGAAAUGCUCAACUUCACCUCGGGCGAAGAAAAACACCUCGAAAUGAUCCUCAAAGAAAUCGCCGACUCUGGUGUAAAGGUGAUCGUAGCAGGCUCCACUGUCGGCGAACUCGCACUCCACUUCCUCAACCGCUUCGGCAUCGCCGUCCUCAAGGUCCUCUCCAAGUUCGAUCUGCGGAGGUUGUGCAGGGUGGUUAAUGCGACUCCCUUGGCGAGGGUGGGCGCCCCCACGCCGGAGGAAGCGGGCUAUGUGGAUGUCUUUGAGACGAUUGAGAUCGGUGGGGAUCGCGUGACGGUUGUGCGACAGCUCUCGCCCGGUGAGGAGGGGUAUAACCCCAACUCCCGCGGCGAGAAGACCAGGACGGCUACCAUCGUCCUCCGCGGCGCCACCGCGAACCGCUUGGACGACCUAGAGCGUGCCAUCGACGACGGCGUGAACGUGAUCAAGUCCCUCUUGAAGGACCCUCGUCUUGUCCCUGGUGCUGGUGCUACUGAGCUGGAGCUCGCGAAGAGGGUGGACACGUACGGCAGCACCCUCAAGGGUCUCUCGCAGCAUGGUGUGAAGAAGUUCGCGUCGGCGCUGGAGGUUGUGCCGCGUACGUUGGCGGAGAACGCGUUGGGCGGUGCUGAGGGCAACGAAGUCGUCAGCAGGCUGUGGGCCAAGCACGACCAGAAGGGCGGUGAGACCUGGGGUGUCGACGUCGAGUCCCCCCCCCCUUCCAUCCUCUUCUUGCGCAACGUUCCACAGGCUGAGACAGACGGAACCCUCAAAGCCGACGAGCACAAGAUCUACGACUCGCUAGCCGCCAAAUCGUGGGCAAUCAAACUCGCCACUGAAGCCGCCACCUCUGUGUUGAACGUCGACAGUCUCAUCAUGAGCCGACCCGCUGGUGGACCCAAGGUUCCUCAGCAGUCGGGUAACUGGGACGAAGAUGAUUAG